AUGACGGGGCUGCGAGGCAGUAUAAGUCAUUCUCGCUCCAAGUCAUUGCCAUCCUCGCCAUCCCAGCGGCUGCAGUCAGAUGGGUAUUUUCACUUUGGCCUCAACUCGGGCGUCGGUUCUGUUAAAGAUGAACAGAAUCACCUGGAGACGAUGAUUGAAGAUGACGAGCUCACCGCCAAACUUUCGGGAACUAAAUCUAGUCCACCUGAAAUCCCUCCUCGUAGUAAACAGCGCCAAGACGCCGCAGAUAUUGAAUGCGAUGCUGAAAGCAGUGGCCAUUCUGAAAUCUUGACCUCUGCAUCCACCGAUCAGUUGCAUCGUCCAAAAUCGCCAAGUGGAAUGCUCAAUGCGAAGCUUCAAUCGCAAAGGAGCCAAGAACAGCCUGCUCGCCAAGGUCUCGAACGUGAAAAUAGCCAUUCUCCUGGAUUUUCCAAACACGCACAUGAUGAUACGAAUAGUGGAAAUCUUCACACCAAACAAGGGAUUCAAUAUCAAAAUAAAGACCAUAUCGUCAAAAUCGGACGGAAACACCACGCCCCGGUACCCAUGGUUUCCGAGGAUGAUGACUCCAGUCCUUCGGACCAAUCCAAUAUCGGACAAGGUCAUGCUCACUACGUUUCUUCUCAAGAUUCAAUCGUGGAAACAUCCUUUGUUGCCGAAACAAACAGAGCUUCAUUCCUGCCCUCUCGACUCAGUCCACAUCAGGAGGUUGUCGACAGCUCAAGCAGCAGCCCUAAUCAAGAUUCUCCACAUUCGUUUUCGGGCCACCAGUCGAUUAACACAAGCCAAAAUGGACAAACUCUUUCCCGAAGUAAUUCGCGGAGACAUACCAAAACUUCUAACGGCGGGAAUAUAACCCCUCGCUACACACCGAAUUCCGCUGUUUCGGUGGGGUCUGAGCGGGCCGCAGUCCAGCGCGUUUCUCCUCCUCCCCCCGCAACUCCUCGUGAUUCAAGUUCCAAACCUCGCCGCUCUCUGAGCAUCGGCAGCCAUCGGGAUAAGCGGCCGAUAACUUCAGGAUCCGCUACCUCACAGGUUUCCAGUAAACUGUUAAAGGGCCUGGUAGGACGGCAGCCCAAUGACCACGAUUCAAGGAUUCCUUUUCCAAUACGCACUUCUACAGACACAAACUCAACUCUGUCUAAAUUUGCGGAAACCGUUGCGGACCCUUCUAACUUGGACCAACUGAUUCAAAGCGACGAGACUAUACAUUUCACUCUUACCCCGCGAAACAUGAGAGAGAUGGAGGAUUCAAAUUCUCCGAGAUGGGAAACCAUGCGAAGUGAUGCAACCGACACGGACGAAUUUGUGAAAAAGACUAGUGCCACUGGAGAGACACAAUCGGACGGUAGAAGACCAAGCGUUUCUUCCUCCAAACUGAAUGGGCUGCGCAUACACUCUCCGUCUAUUGCUUCACCUAACAAGUCCACGUUUGUAGAGUCUUCUGUUGUAAAAUCGAACCGGCCACAGUCAUCUAUUCACAAAUCCGCUACACCGCAAGCACGGGAUCCGAGAGUAGAAAGAGAAUCCCUGAGGGACCUUUCGGAAUUUAUUAGAUCAACUGGGCCUGAUCAAACCCCAGCAGCUCCAAUAAAUCAUUCAAAGCGUACUACCAGUUUAAUUAACAGCAACAGUGGACAGACCAACCGGAAGCUGAGUUUGAGUGGUAGCGGGACUUCAUCAAUGACAUCGUCUCGCGCCUCACACACUCUUACCAAAGAAAUGCCAAAAAGGACAGCUCCGCGCUUAGAAGCCAGGCCAGCGGUGACACCAAAGGACAAUGGCACGUCAGACCUGAUCGAUUUUAUAAGAGAAGGGCCACAAGACGGCUUGCAUCGAAUUCCCAGGACGGUCGCUCCUUUUCGUACAACAAUGGAUUCGGAUGAAUUCCUGCUGAACCCCGGCCGUGCUCAUCGUGAUCCCGGAAAACAAAGCUACGCUCCAAGCUCGCAUACAGACUCGGCCACGACGAAAUCCGGCCCUUCUUCCUUCAACUCGCGCACCGGCUUGCUCGAUUCCACAAACCGUGCCAACAUUCGAACACAGCCCAGCUCACCAGCUCCAGGCGGCGCCCUUGAUACAGGAGAACGUGCUAUGCCACCCAGAAAGCAGCGACGAGUGAAAGACCCCUAUGCCAUCGAUUUCGAUAGUGAUGAUGAUGAUUUUGAAACCGAACUCCUGUCUGGAGGCCUGAAAGCCCAUAAAGAGGAGGAAGAAAGCUUAGCUGACUUCCUGCGCAACGCUCCUCCACCCCCUGAUCUUGACCAAUCGCCCCAGCUUCUAUCCGUCAAUAUGAAUGCGACAAAUAAGCCGAAAAUGAAGAGUUCGACAUCCAUGGAACCACGGGCUAAUGCGCGCUACGUCUGUGGACAAAAAUCCCAUCGACUAAACUAUCGGGAUCAUCUCUCCGUUCCUAUAAAAUCAAACGCCACUACCGUCUCGUCCUCAAGCUCGUGCCAAUACUCAAUCAAACGGCGGAAUGAAUGGAGUUCAACGCUCGCAGAGAAGUCCUCCCAGAGGCUAUCAAACUUCGACUGCGGAGUUGGCAGACUUCUUAAAGAAUACCGGACCGCCCGAGCCAGUAGCUCGGCCGGCUUCCCGGUCAUCAUUCAGCGAGGAAAGGGAGAAGGGGAACGGCGGCUCCUUUACUAG